AAGUGGUUAAAUAUGUAUAUAUAAUUGAGUAUGUGAACCAGGAAAAGUUUAGUUUCUCUUUGCUUGCAGUUAACGAAAUUCAAAUACUCAAUUUUUUUAAUUUUGUCGUCGGUUCGUUUAGUUAUUAUUAAUUCAACAAACAUAAAUAUAUAAGUAGUUUAUUAUUUAACACUUUUUGUAAUCCGUCAUCGACAUCAUGUUAACCUACAUUGGCGCCCACCUAUCGUACACUCUACCAGUGAUCGGUGUCUUAACGUUAAUAACUCGGCCGUUUAUCAAUCGAUUGGAAAUUUUCAAAAUCGGAUUUAUAAGCGGCUUAGCCGUUAUCUACACGAUACCGUGGUACAGCUAUUUUGUGUACAACCACGGGGCUAGGACUUAUUCGCCCGGUGCGGUUUUAGCCGUCGUCGGAAAUGUACCCGUCGAGGAGUACAUGUUCGUCGUCAUGCAAACCGUUCUCACUUCGUUGUGGGCCUUGAUGUUCGUCCAGUGGUCUACUCCGUGCUUGAACUUCAACUACGACAAACGCAGUUAUCAGUUGAUUCGUUGGAUACCAAUAUCGUUGUUAACCGUGGUCACGGCGGUUGGUUACGCAAUGGCCGUGCGGGGACAAGAGACCUUCUAUUUGGGAUCCAUACUGUGUUGGGCGUCCCCGGCAAUCGCGAUCAUGUGGUACGGAGCCGGCAAUUUUUUCGCGAAGAAGAUUAUACCGUCGUCGAUCGCGAUCGCGGGCCCUACACUAUACAUGUGUUGGAUCGAUCGGAUGGCCGUCAGCGAUGACAACAACGAUUCGGGCAAGUUGGCGCCAGAGGACGCGUUGUUUGUCUUCGUCACGAACCUGAUGGUCGUCCUGGCCGGGUCAUCCUACGACAAGGCAUACGGUAUGAUAGUCACGUAUUCGUUGGAUUUCCCACACCAGUUCAGUGUUAGCUGUAGGUUCGUUCGACAGAUGUUAAGAGCAUUUAUGACAUCGGAAUAUGCUACACCUUCUGCCGUGACACAAGAUAUUAAGACAAGUAUCAAGGUCUUGAGCACUUCGAAUGCGUUUGGUACCUCCAACUAUUUAUUCCAUGCCGGUAUUCGAUUGGAUUUAAUAAUCCUGUACGCAUUUUGCCGUGUAACGGACGAAAUGUUUGAUAGCAAGUCAGAUGAGAAAAAGAAAAAACUCAAAUUAGAGUUAUCCAAACAAUUUAUCAGUGAAGUUUUUGCUGACAGAAAAUCAGAUUAUGACGUUAAAAAAACACCUCAAGAAGUGAAAAUUGAUUGGAAAAAAUACGAAUCCGAGUUCACCGAUGUCGAAUUAUCAUCUUACCGUGCAGUGUCUAGAAUCGCAUUUUUUUUGCCGCGUAAACCAUUCGAAGAGUUAUUCGCAGGUUACCAAUGGGAUCUUGAGUUCACGUUAGUUCGAAACGAAAAAGAUUUAAUGUUAUACACCACCUACGUGGCCGGAAGCAUUGGCGCAAUGUGCCUUUAUGUAAUCAUGUACAGAUAUGGUAACGACAUGAAUGAUCUUGUAGACAAGGCCGAUUAUUUGACUAAACACGCGUACAAAAUAGGUCAAGGUCUACAACUCGUGAAUAUUGCCCGGGACCUCGUAAGUGACAGCGAAUCAUUGGGUCGGUGUUACUUUCCAGCGGAAUACAUGGACGACGAAAAAGAAGAUUUAAGAAUCUUGUGCAAAGAAAAAAAUCCCAGGUCUUUGGGAAAUAAGAAGUUGAAGAAAUACUCUUCGAAAAUGAUACAGUUGGCUAACAAACAACAAUUCGAAUCGAUGGGUGCUAUCAAAUAUUUGCCACAAGACUUAAUAGGUUCGGUUCUAGCAUCUACUGAAAUGUACCGAGGGCUGAUUAAGGCGAUACAGUCAUGUCCAACUUAUCCGACUAGAGCGUCGUUACCAAAAUUGAGUAAAUUAUUAAUAGUACUCAAUACUCUUUACAUUAAAAGCAUCCAAUACAUUUUUUAAGUGGAUUUAAAAAAUGUUGGUCUAAUCAUACAUAUUUUGAGUAUAAUACAUAGUUCGACAAUAAAGUAGUGUUACUAUAGUGUAGGUAAAUUAUUCACUUUUAUUUUAAAUUUCAAUAAGUAAAUAUAAUAAGUAUAGACCAGUUGUAUACAAAUUUUGUAUCACAAAAUGCUAAAUUUUUUAAUUAUAAAUUAACUGUUUGUAAUGAUUAUUGAAAAGUGUUAAUUUGUGACUUGAAAUUGUAUAACAUAAUAUGUUUCAUUGUAAAAUAUAAUGCAUUUUACUAAAAUGUUAUACAGUUGUAAUAUGCCUAUAUUAUAAGCAUUAUGUUAUAUUAUAGGCUCCUUUUGCUCGAACACUAAGAAAAUAGACGUAGAGUUACUCCAGUCACCUUUUUCUAUAAUCCCUAUAUAGUCAUAGUCAUUCUUAUUCAAAACUGCAGCAGAGAUGUAGCCGAGUAGAUAAUUGAUUUUACUGAGUGAAAUAAUAGGACAAUAUAAUAUGUUGAUAGUUAUAAUUCCAAUGGCACCUAUACCUUCAUUGUAUACUACCUAUAUAAUAUACGUGUAUAAUAAAUUAUAGAAACGCACAAUAUGUAAAAUGGCAGAGAUACGAUUAUACGAAUGUGAUAUAGAUCAUCAUUCUUAGCAUUGUUAUGUAUACAUAUUAAAAUUAAAGUAUGCUAUAAUACUACCUAUAUACCUAAUAUACUUUUAUAUGCAUCGUUUGAAAUAAAACGUUAUUAUUAUUUAUUAUAUUAGACUAAUACUUUUUAAAAUAAAAACUAUUGUGCAUAUUCAGUAGUCAAUAUUUAA